GGCUUCGCUACCAUCCCGAGACCUUUGGAUGCUUGGCAACAUGACGUUCACGCUUGAUAACAGUCGCAAAACCCUUGGACAGUAACUUAUUAAUCUUAUUUAAGUACAGAUCCUGCAUGUGACAGCUCAUUGACUCACUCCGAAUGAAACUCAGCAGCACAUAUUCAAUCUCACGAGCAAACACGACCGAGACACGCAGGAAUCAGCAGAGUGAACCUGGAUCGGCCCGUCGCGUGCGCAGGGAGUGGUGGCUUCACGUGGGUCUGUUGUGCAUUCCUCUGCUCGCGGUGUAUUUACACAUUCCUCCUCCACAGCUCUCACCUGAACUAAACACUUGGCGGUCCUCCGGACACAUCUUCAACUUCAGAGGCCACGACAUCUUCUAUAAAGCUCCUUGGGAUAACAAGGGUGAUAUUCUCACCAGGCUCACUUGUAUUUACGUGGUGGGCAAUGAAGACCAGACCAGAUGUCCCCGAUGCCAUUAGAGAAUCACAGUACUCACGGUCACCUGGGACAACCUCAACUCUGCCCGCGCUUGAGCAACUAAAUGAAGUGAAAGUGAAGGGAAAGUGACCUAUUUGUCAGGUAUGGUGACCCAUACCCGAAAUGUGACCUCUGCAUUUAACCCAUCCAGAGAGUAGUGAACACACGCACAGCAAGUCGUGAACACACGGACACCCGGAGCAAAUGUGGCAUCCUGCAGCCAAGGGAUGAUUUCACAGGUGAGAGUCACGAUCGUUUACUAUCUAAAUCCACCCACUCAAGCUCAAAACAUCUACUAGUGUAUUUUCAGGUCGAACGGGAACGGAUUGACAAGAUAUGGCCUAACUGUCGCUUCUAAGCUUCAAGGACAAGUUCAUAAGCCUUUGAAAGGGUGUCUUUCACGAUCUUAUAAUCUUUUAGAUCUGCUGACGAGAGUGAAAUAAACGCUUCUUGGGCUUUACCCUCAAGGACACUUCGUAACAAA